AGCAUUUGAACGACGUUAGCGUAGGAGAGGGAGAGGGGCUGGAGUUCGUUCCGCUUCCGGGUGCGGGGCAGGGGGCGGUGCCGGUUGGCGGGCUGCUAUGGCGAGCAACGCUGCCAGCCUCAAUGCGGUGCGGGAAACCAUGGACGUUCUGUUUGAGAUUUCAAGAAUAUUAAACACUGGCUUGGAUAUGGAGACGUUGUCUAUUUGUGUGCGGCUUUGUGAACAGGGGAUAAAUCCAGAAGCGUUAUCAUCUGUUAUUAAAGAACUGCGUAAAGCUACAGAAGCUCUGAAGGCCGCUGAAAAUAUGACAGGCUGACAUGGGAGAUUUCUGUGAGAAGAAUGCCAAGCUAAAGUUAACAGAGGCUUUGAAGGGUGCCACUGUUGAAGAAAAGUGAAAUAAGUGUGUGUGCAUGAAGGUUUCAGAAUAUUUCUGUAAUCUUGAAAAGGGUGAUGUAUAGAAUAGCUUUGAAAGGUUUUUUAAUAAGUUAGGUUCACCAGUAGUCUCAUUACUUGGUAUUGUUGUGAACUAUUUGUGAAUAUAGUGCAAUUGCUGCUCUUUGGCAUCCGGUAUUUUUUAAACCAUGUUAGGUACUGCACACUUGCUGAACUUACUAGUGUGUAGCAACGAAUAUUGUUAUAAUGAGUAUAGCUUUUUAAUGCAUCCUUUAGAAGUGCUAAUAUAUCCUGGUUUUUAUCUCUUGCUUUGAUGAAAAACUACAUGUACAAUUUUAGUUUUGUUUCAUGGAUCAGCUAGGAAUGAGGCCCAUCCUGACUUUAUUUUAAUUAGAGUAAAUCUCAAUCUGAAAGUAAGAAAUAAAACACUUUUGAUAAUGUAGGUAAUGAUUGUCCUUUUGAUUCAACCUGCAGGAAAAAGUGUUUUUAACUUGGAUAACAAAGGAACUUCAGUUAUCCCUGCAAAAAUGUGUGUAAAUUUAAAUUCUAGAUUACAUGGAAUAUUUUAGAGUUCAGAUGCUACAUUUGUUCUGACUACCAGACCUAAAAAUAAAGGCUAUAUUGUUACUUCCUA